AUGGAAAACAGCAAUGUCAUCACAUCUGAUAACGCUAGAUUUAUCAUCCAACAAGCCAGAGGAACAUAUCACAAUACAGGCCUUAAAGGAUUUUUGAAAGCACAACCAAAGGCACUUGGGACUGUACAGAUUAUAACUGGAGUGAUGGUCUUCUUACUUGGUAUUGUGCUCACCGCAAAUUUAUUCAGAUUUGGUAGUAUUGUUGUCUUUAGUGGCAUCACUUACUGGGGAUCUUUCAUUUACAUCAGUACUGGCUCUUUGUCUGUUGCUGCGCAGAAUAAACUACAUCUGUGUGUGGUGAAAGCCUCUCUUGGAAUGAAUGUGAUCAGUGCCAUUACUGCAGCGUUAUCCAUUUUUCUGAUUGGCAAUUGA